AUGCCGUCCGAUUUUGAUAAGGACGCCUAUCCGGAGCCUCCUCGACAGACUCCGGUCGUGGACAAAAAGACGGCUCUGCCAAACCCAGCUCUCAUUUUGUCUAAACUCUUCUACUACUCCGUGGACUUGCCUGUCACCACAUUUAGAGAGGUUGUUGAGAGCAUUCAGGCAAAAAACAAGUCUGUCUACUACCAUCAGAAGUUCCGCCGCGUUCCCGACCUGACGCAGUGCGAAUAUGGGGAUUACCUGUGUUACUACGAAGCAGAGAUGCAGUGGAGGAGAGACUACAAAGUGGAUCAGGAGAUCGUUAAGGUGAUCCAGGAGCGAUUGCGGGCCUGCCAGCAGAGAGAAGGGCACAGCUACAAGCAGAACUGUUCUAAGGAGAUUGAACAGUUUGAUGAGGUUUCCAAAAACUACACGUCACGCUGUAAGUUUUGCACGCCUUUAUGGUGA